AUGAGAGUUCAGGAAAUUCGCAAAGUAAUCUAUUCCCAUCAUCAGAAAAUAGUGAUUCUGGAUGCUGAUGCAGGUGACUCUAAAAGAAAGAUCGUGGCAUUUGUUGGAGGUCUUGAUCUAUGCAUGGGCCGAUAUGACACUCCGAAACAUCCUCUUUUCAGGACUUUACAAACUGUGCACAAAGGCGAUUAUAAUAACCCUACCUUCAAGGAGCCUGCUGCUGUUGGUUGUCCAAGACAACCAUGGCAUGAUUUGCAUUCUCGUAUUGAUGGUCCUGCCGCAUGUGACAUCCUCAUCAAUUUUAAGGAGCGCUGGUUGAAGGCAUCAAAACAACAUCAUGAUGCGCAACACAAAUUUGAAAGCUAUUAUGCUGAUAUCAUUAAUGGGAUGAGAGAUAUUCCUUCUCAAAGUCACAAUGAUCCUGAGGAUUGGCAUGUACAGGUUUUUCGUUCAAUUGAUUCCAUUUCUGUGAAAGGAUUUCCAAAGGACCCAAAAGAUGCUACGGAAAAGAAUCUUGUAUGCGGGAAGAAUGUACGUAUAGACAUGAGCAUCCAUACAGCAUAUGUGAAUGCAAUCCGUGCUGCCCAAAAAUUCAUUUAUAUUGAGAACCAGUUCUUCCUCGGAUCCUCAUUCAACUGGGAUUCUCACAAAGAUAUAGGUUCAAACAAUUUAAUACCGAUGGAAAUCGCUCUCAAAAUCCCCAACAAAAUAAAAGCGAAUGAGAGAUUCUCUGCAUAUAUUGUUAUCCCAAUGCGGCCAGAAGGUGAUCCUACAGACCCUACCACUCUGCAGAUUCUCUAUUGGCAGGUACAUCAUAUAUAUAUAUAUAUAUGCCUGAUUACCGUUUUCAGCUUUCUCGAUCUUUUCCAAAUCUCAUGUUUCCAUUUAUAUAUGUUUCAGGCUCUUGCUCGGAAGAGUAGGCGUUUUAUGAUUUAUGUCCACUCAAAAGGAAUGAUUGUGGAUGAUGAGUAUGUCAUACUGGGGUCUGCAAAUAUCAACCAGCAGUCAAUGUCUGGCACCAGAGACACUGAAAUAGCAAUUGGUGCAUGUCAGCCUAAUCAUACGUGGGAAACAAAACAUUCUAGUCCACAUGGACAGAUCUAUGGAUACAGGAUGUCAUUAUGGGCAGAGCAUACUGGAGUGUUGGAAGAAUGCUUCAAACAACCAGAGAACCUUGAAUGCGUGAGGCGGCUAAGGUCCAUGAGUGAGCUCAACUGGAGACAAUAUGUAGCUGAUGAUGUAACGGAAAUGAAGGGUCACCUAUUAAUGUAUCCCGUGGAAGUUUAUCCAACAGUCAAAGUGAAGCCUCUUCGUGGCUGUGACACAUUCCCAGAUGCGGGUGGAAAUAUAACAGGGACAUUUCCACUCGAUCUAAAAAAUUUCGGUCUAAAAAAUUUCACUAGCUAA